UUUAACUUUAUGAGUUGGGCACGAUUGGUCCUUCAAGUUUCAAAAGUCCAUAAAUAGUCCUUUAACUUUAUGAGUUCUGCACCAUUGGUCCUUCAAGUUUUAAAAAUCCAUAAGUAGUCCUUCAGGUUCAUGUCAGCCCUCCAGAUGAAAAUCGGUGGCAGCGGCGGCCGUGGACGGCGAAAUGGCAGAAUUCACGGUACGAAUGAGUGGUAUGUGGGCCGGAGCUCCGUCCCGGCUAUUUCCGCCUUCUCGAACUCCGAGGACUCUAAGGCGGCGAAGCUUCGCAAAAUCCUAGAGUCGCCGGGGAUUCAUCUCGGUCCCGCCUGCUUCAAUGCUCUCAGCGCGAAGCUCGUCGAGAGAGCCGGAUUUAAUUUCGGAUUCACCACUGGGUUUGGAAUAUCGGCUGCUCAGUUGGGCUUACCCGACACGGGGCUAAUGUCUUAUGGGGAGAUGGUGGCUGUGGGACAAGAGAUUACACAAGCUGUUACCAUACCCUUAAUUGGAGAUGGAGACAAUGGGUAUGGUAAUGCCAUGAAUGUCAAGAGAACUAUCAAAGGGUAUAUUCGUGCGGGCUAUGCUGGAAUACUUCUUGAAGAUCAGGUCUCUCCAAAAGCUUGUGGUCAUACACGCGGCAGGAAAGUUGUGUCCAGAGAGGAAGCAGUCAUGAGGAUCAAAGCUGCCGUUGAUGCUCGGGCAGAGUGUGGAGCUGACAUCGUGAUUGUAGCACGUAGUGAUUCACGUCAAGCAAUCUCUUUUGAAGAAUCACUUUGGAGGUCACGUGCUUUUGCUGAUGCGGGGGCUGAUGUUCUGUUCAUUGAUGCUCUUGCAUCAAAAGAAGAGAUGAAAUCAUUCUGUGAUAUCUCUCCAUCAGUUCUGAAGAUGGCCAACAUGCUUGAAGGUGGAGGAAAAACACCAAUACUCACUCCAGCUGAACUUGAGGAUAUCGGUUUCAAAAUAGUAGCAUAUCCACUUUCCUUAUUAGCGGUAUCUAUUGGUGCAAUGCAGGAUGCGUUGACAGCCAUCAGAAGUGGUCGUUUGCCUUCACCUGGAAGCAUGCCUUCAUUUGAAGAAUUGAAAGAGAUACUUGGUUUUAACGCCUACUAUGAAGAAGAGAAGCGCUAUUCGAUUAGCACCAGCCAGCUCUCUUCGCUGAAAGGUUCUCUGUCAGAUGAAUGUGACUAUGGCGCUUCACACAAUGUCGAAAAUGAUACAGAAGUAACAGAACUGAUUAGUCAAAGAGCAGCGGAUGAGGUGGUUGAAGUAUUAACUCCCGAGGUAUCUAAUCCCUAUAAUGGAGAUAGUUCAGGAGGAUCUUUCUCAAGGAUGUGGUCUCGAAAGUUGAGAGUUAAAAUUACAGGAAGAGAUGGAUCUGACAAACUUGAUAUAAGAAUUCCGGCUGGAUUUUUGGAAGGAAUCACUAACAUAGUCCCAGCACUAGUGGGGGUGAACUUGAAGGACCUUUUGGAGAAUACCAUUUCUGAAGAUGGAGGGAAGCAGUUGUUAGAUUUCAAGGAUACAAUGGGUGACAGGAUUCAAGUUUUCUUGGAGUAAGCGAACCGGAGUGACUAAUAUGGUUCUGAAAAUCGAAUCGGUAAGUUGAUAUUCUAAUCUUAAACUUGUAUAUAAACAGAAAGAAACCAUGCCGAGUAAGGCCCCGUUUGGCAUUAGCUUCGGUGUAUUGAGAAUGCUAUCCAAGGAUAGCUUCUAACUUUGAUGUUUUCAAAGUUAAUACGGGGUAUGUACUAUGAAAUUUAUAAUUUGUAAUCAAGUUUCUAAAUUUUG